CCGUCGGAGCGCUCCUGUUUGAGUACGCGUGAGCUCAGAGCAGCGGCGAAGGAGGCAGGGCCUAUUUGCUGGGCUGUCCGGGCUGGGAGUGGCCGGGACCUGAAAGGAGGAGAGGGGUUUCCGCUUCCGGCAGGAGUCGGAAGUCACUGUCUCCUGGGUGAACAGAGCUUUCGCAGCUAGUGAAGGCUCAUCCACCUGCAGACAUGGGGCGCAGAAAGUCAAAACGAAAGCCGCCUCCCAAGAAGAAGAUGACAGGCACCCUUGAGACCCAGUUCACCUGCCCCUUCUGCAACCACGAGAAAUCUUGUGAUGUGAAAAUGGACCGUGCCCGCAACACCGGAGUCAUCUCUUGUACCGUGUGCCUAGAGGAAUUCCAGACGCCCAUAACGUAUCUGUCAGAACCCGUGGAUGUGUACAGUGAUUGGAUAGACGCCUGCGAGGCGGCCAAUCAGUAGCGACACAGAGGACCCGCCCCCUGAGCAGCCCCGCCUACUGUGGACCCAGCUGUUCGGUUCUGGUCCAGAGACAUUCCAGGGGUGCAGGGUGUGGGUCCUGGGCUGUCACAGCCCUUUGUGUGUGUGUGGGGGUGUGUGUGGGUGUAGUGGGUGUGGGUGUGAGUGGGUGUGUGUGCAGGUGUGGAGUGGGUGUGGGUGUGUGUGGCUGCACAUGUCACUGGGGUGGCCGUGUGUGCUCACAGGUACGCAGUGGUGUCGGGUUCCUGGGCCUGAGGGGCCUGAACUGACCUCACUUGGCUCCGAAAGCCUUUGCUGUGUUCCUUUCUUCAGCCCCUGGCCCCCCAGCUUUGGGGCUCUGGCUCCCCCCGGCGGAAUUGGGGGACUGUUUCCUGAUAACCUGGACAAGGGAAGCCCGAUAGAGGCUGAAACAGGACCUGUCCAGCCUCCUCACCAGCACCGUGCCCAUCUCAACUGGACUUCCCGCCCUCCUUCUCCACCUUCUAGUGCCCGUGGCCUGGGAUUCAAAGCCACCGUUCCCCAGGUCCCUGGGCUGGGCCCUGACUGGGAGCCGCCCCCCUCCCCAUGGUAACCAGGAAGCCCGGUUUCAUGUUCAGUUGUUUUUGUAGAGGAAGCAAGGGCUGGGGUGGGGAGAGCUGUCAAUCACAAGCCCUUAAAUAAAGCAGCCAGUGCACAUCC